UCAACACGUGUGCCUGAAAAACAGCUGUUGAUGCGCCGCAAUCGUUUUUUAAACAAAAAUUGAAUUGAAACUGAAAAAUAAUGUCGGCAAGCAAGCAAAAGAAGCUGAAUGAGAUGGAAGUGGAUCCAAACGAGGAGGAUUCCAGUUCCAGUGAGGACGACGAUGACGAACCACACCCAGAGGCCUACAGGGGCAACGAGGAGGUGCAAAUUGACUUCGAGGGCCGUGCUCCAGUGGACCCUGAUGCCCAGGGAAUUUCCCAGCUGCUGCAGCGUUUGUUCCUUCGUGCCCACAUCAACUGCAACCAAAUGGCGGAUCUUAUCAUUGCUCAAAACUACGUUGGAAGCGUGAUUUGCCAGUGCGAAGACGAUGAGCCCGAGAGCGAAACGGACGACGAUAAUAUGGUUGAGGAUGGCACCGUCUUUGGCAUCACCUCCGUGCUGAACUUGUCUGCCAAGAAGGAUCAGCCAAGCAUUGCCCAGUUACGAACUUACCUACUUGAUCGCGCAAAGGCCCACGCCCCGGGCGCAGUGCACGACCAGUUGAAGGCGAUUCUGGAGAACGACCAGCCCCAGACAGGAUUCCUGGUCAACGAGCGGUUCAUCAACAUUCCCGCCCAGAUCUCUGUGCCACUUUUGCAGAAUCUGCAACAGGAAAUAGAAGCCGCCAAGGCCAAGAAGAUGAAGUUUGACUUUGACACCCUGCUGCUCCUUGUCAAAUUCUACAGGAAGGAAGCAAAGAAGGGUAAGCCAGCCGAGGAUAACUACACAAAUGCCGAGGACGAGUUACUUUCGGAGCGGGCCAAGUUCUCCUUCGAGUACUCGGUGGCCUCCGAAACGGACUCGGGCAUGUCCGGCGACUGGCUAGAAGGCGAUGCCGUGAUGACACCAUACAGGAAACUCCUCGCUCUGGACGCCAAGCAGCUGCCGCAACUGACAAAGGACAUUGAAUGCUUUAUUAAUGGUGAAUAAAUGUUUACAAUGA